GCGGAAGUAGUUCGGCAAAGAUGGCUGCGUCCUUGACAGGCGUGUUUUGGUUUCAGUGAAGUGUCAAACAUGCACAGCAGUUGCUGUUUUACGGGUUACAAGACUGUCAAGGAUUGAUUUUGAGAGCGGAAUAUGGACAGACGAGAGUUCGUCGCGUCUCUGAUGGCAGGAGGCUGUGCGGGGAUGUGUGUUGAUCUGACCCUGUUCCCCCUGGACACCAUUAAGACCAGACUGCAGAGUCAGCAGGGCUUCUACAAGGCUGGGGGCUUUAGGGGCAUCUAUGCUGGGGUCCCAUCUGCUGCUGUUGGCUCCUUCCCCAAUGCCGCUGCUUUCUUUGUCACCUACGAUUGCACAAAGUCCCUCCUCAGUGCCGGCGGAGUGCUCGCAGCACCACAUGUGGCACCUGUCACUCACAUGCUGGCCGCCUCCCUGGGAGAAAUAGUGGCGUGUCUGAUCCGGGUGCCCACAGAGGUGGUCAAACAGAGGACCCAAGCCUCUCCCUCAUCCACCACCUACAACAUGUUGCUGGCAACACUCAGAGAAGAGGGGGUUCGAGGCUUGUACAGAGGAUACGGCAGCACAGUUCUCAGAGAGAUCCCCUUCUCGCUGGUGCAGUUUCCACUCUGGGAAUACUUAAAGAGUCUGUGGUCGUGGAGGCAAGGUCACACGCUCUACUCUUGGCAGGCUGCAGUGUGCGGAGCUUUUGCAGGCGCGGUUGCGGCGUUUGUUACAACUCCUCUUGACGUGGCGAAGACCAGGAUCAUGCUCGCAAAGGCCGGGUCGACCACAGCGAGUGGCAACAUCCCGCUGGUUCUCUACGACGUGUGGAAGAGUCGAGGCCUUCCAGGUCUGUUUGCAGGCAGCAUUCCGCGGAUGGCCUUCAUCAGCAUUGGCGGUUUUAUCUUCCUGGGAGCCUAUGAGAAGAUCCGACGCACUUUGUUGUCGCAGAAAAUCCACUCUGACUGUCCUUAGCCUUGACGUGAUGGAAGAACAGUGAGGAAAGUGUGUCUGGAAGCAGCACCUUCUGGAUGAGCCAUGCUGCUAGGCCCUAAUGAGCAAUUACCACUGGAUGCUAACAGGAGGAGUCAUUAAUGACUGUAUUACCCAGAGUGCUGCAUUCCUGCCCGUUAGUGCUCUGAGUUCAGCAGACUUCUGUGGCAGCAUCAGCAAUUUGUUCAAGUGAAGCCUUUCUGAGACAAGAUCUGCACCAACUAGCAUCUGUAUUUUUUAAUGUAUGUGUGAGUGAACGAGUAUUAAAGGAUGUCUGUUUGUA